AUGAACUACACUAAAACUAAAAUCAUAACAAACACAGAUGAAAACAUAACAACCAGAAUAAACCAAGAAAAAAUAGAACGAGUUGAAGAGUACAUAUAUCUGGGACAAAUGAUUAAACUGAAAAAAGAAAACCAAACAGCUGAAAUAAAGAGACGAGUAAGACUGGCCUGGGCAGCAUUUGGAAAAUUAAGUUACAUAUUAAAAAACAAAAGAUAUCCACAGUACCUCAAAACCAAAGUAUAUAAUCCAUGUGUACUCCCUGCACUUAGACACGAGUUUGCCGGUCACAAUGUCAGACAGAAGGUUGAUCGAUGGAACAAAUGCAUCGUAAACUGGAGGCCCUGGGAGAAUAGAAGAAGUAGAGGAAGACCUCAGAUGAGAUGGGCGGACGAUCUGAGGAAACAUGCAGGCACAAGAUGGAUGAGCACGGCGACAGAGAGUGAAGAGUGGAAGAGAUUGGGGGAGGCCUAUGUCCAACGAUGGAUCUAA